AAUAAGUAUCAUCAAUGAAAAGUUGAUAUUGAAUUUUCAAUUGUUAUAAGAUGUUGAACAGAUUGGCAAUCUGCUAUACAGAAGUCCACGGCAUCAGUUUCCAGACUGCAUUUACUUGUCGCUCACAUGUGUUGGUUGUGUGCUGAACAUAUUUUCAUUUAUUUAUUGUGAAUAUUUAUUAAUUUAUUAAUAAAAAUGAUCAUUUCAACGAACGAAGAUAACCCAAACGCGUUAAAAUUAAUAAUUGCAGCUAAAAUAGCCCAACAGUCUGUUACUGUUAAGACAGUACAACCCAAAGCGAGCUUUUUGGGUCGUUUACCUACUGUUGAACUACCAUCUGGAUUAGUGUUAUUUAGCACUAAUGCAGCGUUGCAGCUUUUAGUACCUCCAUCUAAAGAUUCAAACAUUCUUAUUAAUAAGUGGUUGGAAUGGGAUAUUUCUAAGUUGCAGCCAGCUGUAGUGCUGUAUGGUAACACAGGAACUUAUAAAACUACAAGUAAAUCAUGUUUAUGGUCUCUGUUGGGAGAACUUGACAAGGAAUUAAAAGAAAAAAAGUACUUAAUUAAGGAUCAAAAUGAUUUGUCAUUGGCAGAUACUUGCAUUUGGGUAACUGUGUGGUCUACUGUAUUAGUUACAGAAAUUGAAAAAGAAUUAUCUAAAGAAUAUGUAUGUCUUAAAAAUUGGUUAAUCAAUAUUGAAUUACUGCCAAUUAUUCAGGAUUCUAUUAAAGAAUACAAAUUUGAAAGAGGUGUAAAAGCAAUUCUUAGUAUUCAAGCUGCAUCUUGGUUUCCUGUUAUUAGUUCAUUAAACUCACAGUCAACUAAACCAUUACCAAGUGAUGUUAGUCCUACUAAGGAAAAAGAAAUGGAAGCAGUUAGUCAAGAAGAGAUACACAAUAUUGCAAGUAAUUGGUCUUCUAAGUCAUAUCCAGAUAUGAAAAAUUCUCCCUAUCCUGUGUUGCCAAAGAAAGGUGAAAGAAAUAUUUUAAUAACAUCUGCGUUACCUUAUGUUAAUAAUGUUCCUCACUUAGGAAAUAUUAUUGGUUGUGUACUUUCUGCUGAUAUUUUUGCUAGAUACUGUAGACAAAGAAAUUAUAAUACCCUUUUCAUUUGUGGAACUGAUGAAUAUGGUACUGCUACAGAAGCUAAAGCUUUAGAAGAGAAAACAACUCCUCAAGCCAUUUGUGACAAAUUUUUUGAUAUACAUAAUGACAUUUAUCGAUGGUUCAGCAUAGGAUUUGACUAUUUCGGUCGCACUACAACGCCUGAACAAACAGAAAUCGUGCAAUCAUUUUUCUUAAAAAUAAAAUCGCAAGGGUAUAUAUUAAGUGAAACGGUAGAUCAACUUCUUUGCGAGUCGUGUAAUAGAUUUUUAGCAGAUAGAUUUGUGGAAGGAAUAUGUCCGCGAUGUAAAUAUGAAGAUGCACGCGGUGAUCAGUGUGAUGGAUGUGGUCAUUUAGUGAAUGCAACAGAUUUAAUAUCACCGCGAUGUAAAGUGUGUAAUAAUAGACCUGUCGUUAAGAAAUCGGAACAGUUCUUCCUAGAUUUACCUAAGUUAGAAAGUAAGUUAAAAGAGUGGUCUCCCACGGUGGAAAAAGGGUGGUCUAGUGUUGCAAGAGUCGUCGCGAAACCAUGGUUACGCGAUGGGCUUAAGCCUCGAUGUAUCACAAGAGACUUGAAGUGGGGAAUACCUGUUCCAGUAAAAGGUUUUGAAAACAAAGUGUUUUAUGUUUGGUUCGAUGCACCCUUUGGAUAUAUCAGUAUUACAAAGAGAUAUACUAAGGAAUAUGAACAGUGGUGGAAACCUAAAGAUGUUGCAGUUGAUUUAUAUCAAUUCAUGGCAAAAGACAAUGUUCCAUUCCAUGCUAUCAUGUUUCCUGCUUAUUUAUUAGCAGCUAAUGAUGGUUACAUUUUAAUGAAGCAUUUAAUGGCAACUGAAUACUUGAAUUACGAAGAUACAAAGUUUUCAAAAUCAAGAGGCAUUGGUGUCUUUGGAAACGAUGCUAGAGAAACUGGUAUACCCGCCGAUGUUUGGCGAUUUUAUCUUGCAUAUGUUAGACCAGAAACUCAAGAUUCCAAUUUCAACUGGAUAGAUUUAGCAUGCAAAAAUAACAAUGAAUUAUUAAAUAAUUUUGGAAACUUUGUUAACAGAGCCUUAGUGUUCGCUGAAAAAUACUUUGAAUCUUACAUACCACCAAUGACACUUCAAGAAGAGGAUUUAAUAUUAUUAGUAUUGGCACAACGCGAAUUGUCUUCGUACAUACACGCUUUAGAACAAGCUAAAUUACGCGAUGGUUUAAAACACGUUUUAGCAAUUUCAAAACACGGAAAUCAGUACAUGCAAUUCCAAGAACCAUGGGUCAAAAUUAAAGGAACCGAUAGUGAUAAGAAAAGAGCCGGAACAAUCAUUGGUAUUUGCUGCAAUUUAGCGUGUCUCUUAUCAGCUCUUUUGGCUCCGUUUAUGCCUAACGCUGCUCGCGAAUUAAGAACUCAAUUAGGAUUGGAUGCCAGCAAUUAUGGUUACAUUCCUGAUAUUAUCACAAACAUACUUCCGGCGGGACAUAAAAUCGGUAAACCAUCUCCUCUGUUUAAAAAGAUAGAGGAUAAAGACGUAGAAGCAUUGCGGCAGAAAUAUGCUGGAAAGCAAGAGUCUCAAAACAACACACAAAAGAAUAAUAAUAACGACGUGAAAUCUUUAGAAGCUGCAAUUGCAGAACAGGGUAAUAAGGUCAGAGAAUUAAAAGCAAAACACGAUAAAACUAUUUGGCAACCUGAAGUGCAAAUUCUUUUAAAUUUGAAGAAAAAACUUACUAAUCUCAUCAGUGGAGAAAAGGAAAGUAAAUCUACCGAGUCACAACCAAAAAAUAAGAAACCUGAGGUGGUAUUUGUACCUGAACAGAAUGGAGAUGCUUUGACGGAUGUGGCAAGUUUGGAAUCAGCCAUCGCUAAGCAGGGCAACCUUGUACGCGAAUUGAAAGCUAAAGAGCAGAAGUCGGUGUGGCAACCUGAAGUGGAAAAGUUAUUAACGUUUAAAAAGCAGUUAGCCGAUCUCACUGGGACAUCUCCAGCUCCGACUGAUAAAAAGUCGAAAAAGAAGAAAUAAAUUAAUUGCUAACUUAGGCGCAUUCAACCGGGCUGAUACUACUGCCGCCGAGUAAUAAUUAUACAGGAGUAAGCCGAAGAUCAAAGUGUGAAGAAAAGCAACACGACCUGCAUAUUUACUGCUAUCAUUAAAUGGCAGCCCUGGAAAAUUGGAAUUUAUUAUAUUAAAACUGUGAAAUAAAUUUCUUAAAGAAUACCUUGUUGACAUAGUGCGGCAACAAUAAUG